AUGCCUUUGGUUCGGUUUGAAGUGAGAAAUGAGUACGGGUUAGGACAGGGUGAGCUGUAUAGAGAAGCAAACCGUGAAGAUCCAAAAGCUGUGCUUGAUGGUGUUGCUGUUGCUGGUUUAGUUGGGAUCUUGCGUCAAUUAGGCGAUCUUGCCGAAUUUGCGGCAGAGGUUUUUCAUGGCUUACAGGAGCAAGUGAUAACUACAGCUUCUAGAAGUCAUAAAUUGAUGGUUCGCGUGCAAAACAUUGAAACUGCACUGCCUCCUCUUGAAAAGGUGGUGCUUGCCCAAACAAGCCACAUACACUUUGCUUACACAGCUGGUACUGAGUGGCAUCCUCGUAUUCAAAAUGAACAAAAUCAUUUCAUCUACAAUGACCUGCCGCGAUUCAUUAUGGAAUCCUAUGAAGAAUGUCGCGAUCCUCCGCGUUUACACUUGCUUGACAAAUUUGAUACUGGUGGACCAGGGUCUUGUUUAAAGAGAUAUUCAGAUCCGACUUACUUCAGGAGAGUAUCUAGUAAUGUUACAGAACCGGAUGCUGAGAAAGUUCCAAAAGAUAAGAGAGCUCGGAAAAGCAAGUGUACCACUAAUCCAAGUGAUAAUGGGCAGACCUCUCCUUCUCAUACGGAUUCUACAAUCGACAUGACAUUAAAAUCUGAUGUGGGUGAUCAUUCCAAUUCUUUUGGUUCAAAAGCUGGGUCAGGGUAUAUUGAAUGUGUUUUCCAUCUAAAUUCCUCAGUGCAAGCUGAAGAAGAGGAACCUAAGGAGUUGUCUUCAAGGUUCAUGCAGCACAGUGAUGUUCCUGAUUCUGUUUUUCCUGAUGAACAACCUGGGAUUGCAGAUAACAAUUUUUGUCGUACUUCAUCACCAGAGCAGAUUGCUGCCCCUAUUUCAUGUUGUGUUACCUGGGAUGAGAAGGCAGAAAUAGUGGAGCCUAGUGGUCAACAUUGUAAUGAAGAUGAAAUUUCGGAGGUACUUGCAGCAGAGCCUGACCUAGAUACACAAGUUGCCAAUCUUAAAAAUCAUAAUCCUCUGAGUAUUGUACUCGAUGAUGCAAAUACUCCAAAAUCGAGCUCUAGUAGGAGCCAGCUUGAUGAGGUUGAAAGCGAACCAGACGAUUUCAUGGAUGCACUGAACACCAUAGAGUCAGAAUCUGAAAAUGAUAUCGAUUGCCAAACAAAACAUGAAGUGGAGCAAUUUUCCUCCAGUGUUAACGAUGAAGUUGAGGAUACAAUACAAGAGGCAACAUCACAUAUUUCAGACCAUCAUCCAUCUGAAUAUAAAUCUCGCACCUUAUCUGUUAUUUCCUCAAACGAAAAAAUUCCCUGUGAGUUACCCAGCUCAGUUUCCUUGAAGAGUUUUGCUUACGAACAGGAAUCUCAUACUUCUGAAAAAUCUUCUGAGUUGGACAGUUCACCAGGCAUCGAAUGUUCUACAAGUGCUGAUGUCUUUGAUAAUUCAAAAGUAGAAUCUGUUAGUGAUCCUUUGUCUUCUGUCUCUGUAACUUCAAUUUCAAAUGUACAAGAACCAUUGAGUGAUAAAACCAUAAGCAGUCCCAACAAGUCUCGAGAAUCUCAGGAUGAUUUUUCCUGUGUUCGUUCUACUACACUCUGGACAAAUGGUGGCCUGUUAGGACUUGAGCCUUCAAAGCCUCCAGAUUUUGCUGUAUCAAACGCUACAAGUCCAGAUUGUGUGACCAGAAGUAAAGCUGAGGCAUCGCUGCCUCCAAAUCACACUUCCAUGUCAAGCAACAAUGGAGGAAAACCUGGAUUGAUUAAGGAUGCAGGAAGCAUUGAAAGGGCUCCAAGUUCCAAAGGCUCCACAUCAUGGCAUGAUGAUCAUGAUACCAAAGUUGAAAAACCUGGAGGUUUUCAUCAAGGCAAUAGGUUUGGUCAUGGUUAUGAGGAUGGACUAAAUAUUACCAGUGAAGUAACGCCAAGAAAUGAGUUGCGGCAUGAUUCAGACUCCAAAGUGACACCUGUUGAAUCCAGUGAGGAAAAUGAUGAAAACUCAUCUCAGUGGCUCGGAUUUGGCCAUAGGUUACUUGUUAACGGUUUUAGUAGAAAGAUGUCACUGGUCCAUGAUGGUGAACAUGAACCAGCUAGGUUACUGAGAACUGGUGCAUUAGAGCAGCAGAGCUGGCACAAUGAAGUUACAUAUCAAGCAACUCCAGAGAAAGCAUAUAAUGAGCAGUUUGGACGUAAAUAUUCUAUCGAUUCACUGAUGUCUUCACCACCAUUGGAACAUAUGAGAAUAUCUUUCCACCCUAUCCAUGGCUUUGAGGAUUCCAAACUGAAACUGAAGUUUCCUAAUGGGAACCGCGGUGAUGAAAGCAUUAGAGACAUGUUCCCAUCAUUUCAAUUGAUUCCAGAGACUGCUAUUCCACUGCACAAUGUGGGUUCUGAAUCUGAUGAUGAUACGUUCUGUAGAUCAUCUCCUUAUAUGUCUGAUGAUUGUCUUAGCCAUCACUCUGAAUCAGAUUCUGAGCAGUGGGAAUCUGACGAGUCUCCAGAAAGCAAGGAUCAUGAGCUAUAUGAUGCUUUGCGCAGAAUAUCUCCAGUUGAAUCUUUUUCAAGCUAUCUGCAGCCUGGGGAAGCUGGCAAUAAUGGUAUCUGCAUUGACAGAGGACUUCAAAGUACAUAUACCGAGAAUGGUGCAGAUCCAUCACUCUCUGCUUCUUCAUUGGAUCUGCCAUGUUUUGAUGCCAUGAAUUCUGUAGUGUAUGGAGAAACAAAGGAUAAUUUGGAUGAAAGGAAUCAGGAUUAUCUUAGAGAUUCCACCCAAUUGCCACCACCUCUUCCACCUGUUCAAUGGCGAGUUUCAAAGGCCCACUCUGAUAUAUCAGAAGGCAAACAACAUGCUCCCGAAGCUCAUGAACAUGGAUUGGAUAUAAAACUUUUGGAAUCUACUCUACCUAGGCAACCUAAGCCAUCCCCAGCUGAUGAUCAGAAAAGAAAUGAGGAUAUGAUUGCAUUUAAACCAAAAAGCAAGCAACAGGAUCAGCAGAAGUUAAAUUGGCAGAAAGAAGCUAAUCAAUCCUCAAAUGGCAAGGAUGUAGAUGAAAAGGAAGAUUUUUUGCAUCAAAUCAGAACCAAAUCAUUCACUCUGAGACGCACUGCAACAGCAAAGCCAACUUUAUCUUCAGGUCCCACAGCGAAUAACAAUGUCAGUGCAAUUUUGGAGAAAGCAAAUGCAAUCCGCCAGGCUGUUGCAAGUGAUGAUGGGGAAGACGAUGAUACUUGGAGCGACACUUGA